UACCGACGCUUACCUCGCUGCGGGUUAGAUCCGUGCGCACCAGAAAAGUCCCGGAGAUGGCGUGACAAGUGGGCCAGCGGUGAGCGGCGGAUCGUCAGGUAUCGCGAGCAGGAACGCCCGCAGCUCCUUGCAGGUUCAUCAGUCUUGAUAGUCAGCCUGGCAAUUUUGGCAUGCGCAGCGUCGAGACUGGCGGUAUAGCUGACUGCCUCAUUGCGCAGUUGGUCAACGAUGGUUCGCAAGUGUGCUUCGUGCUCGGCGACUCGUAUGUAGUUGCGCGUCAAUCCGCUUCGUUCGAUGCCAAUGGGGUUGAAAUUGAGUGGGAGCGAAACGAAGACGAGAAGAGGGACCCAUCUUCCUGAUUUCAGCAAACGCCAUCACAGACCAAUCACAGACCCAUCCUACAACAUCCACAAGAGCCCUUCGAGUCUUCGACACACCAGCAGCCGCCCCGUUGGCUAACAACCACCCCUCCCACCCCACCCCUUCAUCAUGGCAACCCGCUCCCGCACCCUCCUCUUCCUCCAAUACCGCAACUCCUUCAGUCGGACAACAUCCCGCCGACCUGCACCAUCAACUGCGACCGGAGGAAGACACACGGACACGUCAGAGAAAGCCGGCUUGAUUGCGAAUGAGGUGGACCAUGAUGCUGAGGUGGUGGUGGAGAUGAGUGUGUUGCCGCCGAAAUGGAUCGAUGUAGUAGACGAGGUUGACGAGGACGUGGACCGGAUACGAGCGCGGAUAACGGAACUAGACGCCCUGCACAAAAAACACCUCCUCCCCGGCUUCGACGACCAAAUGAGCGACGAGCAGUCCAUCGACCGACUCACGACCGCUAUCACCGACAUGUUCCGCGACUGCGAACGCAAAGUAAAACGAAUAGCGCUCGAAAGCAACAACGACACUUUUGGCGGGGCGGGGCGACAGAACCAGGCGCUGGCACGGAAUAUCCAGACGAGUCUUGCGACCAAGCUGCAGGAGCUGAGUGGGUCGUUUAGGAAGAGUCAGUCGAACUAUUUGCAGAAACUCCGCGGCCGCGAAAUCCGCAGCAAAGACGCCCUCGGCAACCUCGAAGCCCCGCCCACCGAAUCCGAUGACGAUCUCGACGCGGUCUUCACCGACGCGCAGCUAGCAACCGUGCAAAACAACGAACGCGCCAUAACCGAGCGCGAGCGCGAGAUCAACGAAAUCGUCAAAUCGAUGCUCGGGGUCGCCGACAUCUUCAAGGAGCUGCACACCAUGGUGAUCGACCAGGGGACGGUGCUGGAUCGGAUCGAUUACAAUGUCGAGAUGGCGGGGGUGCAUGUUGAGGAGGCGCAUAAGGAGCUGUUGAGGGCGCAGAAAUAUCAGGACAACACAAAAGCGAAAUACUUCAUCAUCUUCCUCGCCAUCGUGGUGUUUUUCUUGUUUCUGGUGCUUAUCUUCAAGAGUCGCGGGUCUUCGAGUACGGCGACCCGCCGGUGAAAAGGAAACGCACACUACCGGCAUCCCCCUCUGUCUCGAAAAACUCAACUCAUCCGCCCCCCUAAUCUCGGAGUCAUCACCCCCCCCCUUUUU